AUGUCAUUUUUCUUGCAUUCCAAUGAGGGUGCUAAAGAGUUUUUUGCAAUUAUUUUUACAUCUGAGAAUAAAGGACCAUGCCUUGAAUUCUCUCAGCUAAGCGUAAAGGAUUCCUUCAGAGAUCUGUUUAACCCACAAAUGGAAAUAUUUUUGAUACUGUAUACAAGGAAAAACCCGAGCUGUGCUGAGCCCCUGUUUGAGCAGGAUAACUCACUUAGCGCUAAUUUCAACACAAGCAAGAAAACAGUCUGGCUUAUUCAUGGAUACAGACCAAUGGGCUCUACUCCAUCAUGGCUUCGGAACUUUGUAAGGAUUUUGUUGAGCCAAGAUAUGAAUAUAAUUAUAGUAGACUGGAACCGAGGUGCUACAACUUUUCUUUACAGUAGAGCAGUAAAAAAUACCAGAAAAGUUGCUGUGAGUUUAAGUAGGUAUAUUCAGAAUCUUUUGAAACAUGGAGCAUCUCUUGAUAGUUUUCAUUUCAUAGGUGUGAGCUUAGGAGCUCAUAUUAGUGGAUUUGUUGGAAAGAUAUUUCAAGGUCAAGUUGGAAGAAUAACAGGCCUUGACCCUGCUGGACCACAAUUCUCUGGAAAACCAUCAAAUGGCAGAUUAGAUUACACUGAUGCAAAUUUUGUGGAUGUCAUCCAUACUGACACCAAUGGUUUAGGCAUUAAAGAACCCUUGGGACAUAUAGAUUUUUAUCCAAAUGGAGGGAAAAAACAACCUGGCUGUCCUAAAUCAAUUUUUGCAGGAAUUGAAUUUAUUAAAUGCGACCACCAGAGAGCAGUUUACUUGUUUAUGGCAGCUUUGGAAACAAGCUGCAAUUUUAUUUCGUUUCCUUGUCAUUCUUACAAAGAUUACAAGUCUGGCUCAUGUGUGGAUUGUGACAACUUUAAGGAAAAAUCAUGUCCUAAACUAGGUUAUCAAACUGAGCUAUGGAAAGAUAUCUUAAAAGAAAGAAUAGAAAACAGAUCUCUCAGGACCACAGUGUUUUUGGAUACUGUUCAAACAAAUCCAUUCUGUACCUAUUAUUUUGUUCUCAGUGUAAUUGUUCUGGAUAAGACUAUGAAGGAUGGCUAUAUUACAUUUAAAUUAUUAAAUCAGCUUGGAAUGGUUGAAGAGCCAAGGCUCUAUGAGAAGAACAAAUUAUUUUAUAAACUUCAAGAAGUCAAGAUUCUUGCUCAGUUUUUAAAUGAUGUUGUAAAUAUUUCAAGCAUUGGUUUGGCAUAUUUUCAGAGCUCAAAUCAGCAAUGUUCCAAAUGCAAAUACACUAUCCAGCGUCUCAUGUUAAAAUCACUUACAUAUCCAGAAAGACCACCACUUUGCAUCUAUAAUUUUGUACUUGAAGAAAGCAGAGAAAUAGUUCUGAGUCCUAACAUAUGCACACUAACUGAAAUAUAAGAUGCCUUUUUCCAUCAAAUAUAACAACUUGUUUGUGAACUAAAGAACUUGUAAGUAGGAGUAAUGCAAUUCAUGUUUCUUUUAGAAUGUAUUGCUCAAUCUGAAAUUCAGAUAUUUCUACUUCUUGAAUAUGU